GUGUUGGGAAUCUUGGAAGCACUGCCAACAUGUCAGUUAUAGAAGAAGCCACUAACCAACUCCUGGAUGUGAACCUUUAUGAGAAUCAGAGGUCUGUACGAGUGACAGAAAGUGGCCUCAAUGGUGGAUGCGAGCAUCUCCAAGUUACUAUCGGAGCCACUGUACCUACUGGCUUUGAGCAGACAGCUGCAGAUGAAGUGAGAGAGAAAUUGGGGUCAUCCUGUAAAAUCAGCAAAGACCGGGGCAAGAUAUAUUUUGAUGUUUCAGUGGAAAGUCUGGCUCAGGUUCAUUGUCUGAGAUCAGUUGAUAACUUAUUUGUGGUGGUUCAGGAGUUCAAAGAUUACCAAUUCAAAAAAACAAAGGAAGAAGUUUUAAAGGAUUUUGAAGGCUUGACUGGAAAACUUCCAUGGUCAGACCCUCUAAAAGUAUGGAAAAUUAAUACCAGUUUCAAGAAAAGAAAAACAAAGCGUAAAAAGAUUAAUCAGAAUUCAAAUAAAGGGAAGACUGAAAAUGGGCAAGGAGACAAACUAGAUGAGAGAGAUGUUAAAAAAGAUUCCACUAACAAUGCUUUAGACUCACAUAUUUUGGACUGUUAUGAAAACCCAGCCAUCAAAGAAGAGGUGUCAACAUUAGUAGGUGAUGAUUUGGCAUCUUGUAAAGAUGAGACUGAUGAAAACACAAAAGAAGAAACAGAGCCUCAAGUGAUAAAAUUCAGAGUCACAUGCAAUAGGGCAGGAGAGAAACACUGCUUUACCUCAAAUGAGGCUGCAAGAGAUUUUGGGGGUGCUGUUCAAGAUCACUUUAAGUGGAAGGCCGAUAUGACCAACUUUGAUGUAGAGGUUCUUUUAAAUAUCCAUGAUAAUGAAGUCAUUAAGAAGAUGGAGGAAGAGAAACUCCUUGGUUGUGAAGAGUGA